GUCGAUGCCGAACCCUAAAGGAUCUGAGCCGUUGGUUUCCAUGACAUCCUCAUAUUUAAUCCCCCAAACAGGGAAUUCCAGUCACUUUGGACUUAUCGGAGUGGGGAGGGGACAAAUUACAAAAGGGUUCAGCGUUGACACUGACAGUUUAUUUGGGUAUUUAACGUCCUAAAGCUCGAUCUGCCCUUAUUUUCGCUCUUUUGCUUGCAGCGUUACUGGAAUCUCCAAGUCUUGCUCUUUCAGCAGCGGUUCGUUGAUUUUUAGGUUAUGGAUUCAUUCGAGCCAGACGAUAAUGGGGCAACAAAUGGAAACGGAGCACAGGAAGCACUGCCGCCUCCUCCUCCUGUUAUCCCACCAGAUGUUGUUCCAGUGUGUGCUGGACCUGAACAGCGUCCUGAACCUGUUAAGAAAAAGGUUGUGCGAGUUCCGAUAGCUAGGCGUGGUCUUGGAAGCAAAGGGCAAAAGAUUACUUUGCUUACUAAUCACUUCAAAGUUAUGGUUACUAAUGUUGAGGGCCAUUUCUUCCACUAUAGUGUUUCUUUGAGUUAUGAAGAUGGGAGACCUGUCGAUGGUAAAGGUGUUGGAAGAAGGGUGAUUGAUAGGGUGCAGGAGACUUAUGACACUGAGUUAGCGGGAAAGGACUUUGCUUAUGAUGGGGAGAAGAGUUUGUUCACUGUUGGUCCACUGCCCCGCAACAAACUUGAGUUUACUGUUGUACUUGAGGAUAUUCAGUCAAACAGGUGUACAUACAGAAAUAACGGAAACCGUAGCCCUGAUGGCCAAGGAAGUCCAAAUGAGAGUGACAGAAAAAGAAUGCGACGUCCAUAUCAGUCAAAGACAUUCAAAGUAGAGAUUAGCUUUGCUGCCAAGAUUCCCAUGCAGGCCAUUGCAAAUGCAUUACGUGGUCAGGAGUCUGAGAACUCUCAAGAAGCCCUCAGAGUGCUGGAUAUUAUAUUGAGACAGCAUGCUGCUAAACAGGGCUGCCUCCUUGUUCGCCAAUCAUUCUUCCACAACGAUCCAAGAAAUUUUGCAGAUGUAGGAGGUGGUGUUCUUGGCUGCAGAGGAUUUCAUUCUAGUUUUAGGACCACACAGGGUGGCUUAUCCCUGAAUAUUGAUGUAUCGACUACCAUGAUUAUACAGCCUGGGCCGGUAGUAGAUUUUUUAAUUGCCAACCAGAACGUGAGGGAUCCAUUUUCACUUGAUUGGUCGAAGGCGAAACGAAUGCUCAAGAAUCUUAGGAUUAAAACAAGUCCUGCCAAUACAGAGUACAAGAUAACCGGUUUGAGCGAGAAACCAUGCAAAGAGCAAACAUUUACACUGAAGCAGAGAAAUGGCAAGGAUGUAGAUGGUGACAAUACUAUAGAAGUGACUGUUUAUGAUUAUUUUGUUAACCAUCGUGGUAUAGAAUUGCGUUAUUCUGCAGACCUACCAUGUAUCAAUGUUGGGAAGCCAAAACGUCCAACUUAUUUCCCUCUUGAGCUUUGUUCUUUGGUGUCCUUGCAACGAUACACAAAAGCUCUAUCCACCCUUCAAAGAUCUUCACUAGUGGAAAAAUCGAGACAAAAGCCGAAUGAGAGGAUGAAGGUUUUGUCUGAUGCUUUGAAAAGCAACAAUUAUGAUUCUGAACCUAUGCUGCGAUCAUGUGGCAUUUCAAUUAGUACUAGCUUCUCUCAAGUGGAAGGUCGUGUUCUGCCAGCACCAAGGUUGAAAGUGGGGAAUGGAGAGGAUUUCUUUCCUAGGAAUGGACGAUGGAACUUCAACAAUAAGAAAUUAGCACAGCCAACAAAGAUACAAAGGUGGGCUGUUGUGAACUUCUCAGCGCGUUGUGAUACACAGGGUCUUGUACGAGAUCUGAUUAAAUGUGGAGAAUUGAAAGGAAUUCUUAUAGAUCCUCCGUUCGAUGUCUUCCAAGAGAAUCCUCAAAAUAGACGGGCUCCCCCGGUGGUUAGAGUUGAGAAGAUGUUUGAGGAGAUACAGUCAAAACUUCCUGGUGCUCCACAGUUUCUUCUUUGCUUGCUUCCUGAGAGGAAAAACUCAGAUCUAUAUGGUCCGUGGAAACGGAAAAAUCUUGCUGAGCUUGGAGUAGUCACCCAGUGCAUGGCUCCUACAAGGGUUAACGACCAAUAUCUUACCAAUGUUCUUUUGAAGAUCAAUGCAAAGUUGGGUGGUUUGAAUUCGUUACUAGCUGUUGAACACACUCCUUCUAUCCCUGUGGUUUCCAAGGCUCCCACCAUCAUACUUGGAAUGGAUGUGUCACAUGGCUCUCCUGGGCAGUCUGACAUGCCGUCAAUUGCUGCGGUUGUCAGCUCAAGGCAGUGGCCAUUAAUUUCUAAAUAUAGGGCUUCUGUUCGCACACAGUCCCCAAAGGUUGAAAUGAUAGAUUCUUUGUUCAAGCAGGUGUCAGAAACUGAAGAUGAUGGCAUAGUGAGGGAGCUUCUGCUAGACUUCUAUACGAGUUCAGGGAAAAGGAAACCUGAUCAAAUCAUAAUAUUCAGGGAUGGAGUCAGUGAGUCCCAAUUCAACCAAGUCUUGAACAUUGAACUGGACCAAAUAAUCGAGGCCUGCAAAUUUCUUGAUGAGAAGUGGUGCCCCAAGUUUGUAGUAAUUGUUGCACAGAAAAACCACCAUACAAAAUUCUUCCAGCAGGGGUCUCCUGAUAAUGUUCCGCCUGGGACGAUUAUUGAUAACAAAAUUUGCCAUCCAAGAAACAAUGAUUUCUAUCUAUGUGCACAUGCUGGAAUGAUUGGGACCACUAGGCCUACACAUUACCAUGUUCUAUUAGAUGAUGUUGGCUUUUCGUCAGAUGAUCUACAGGAACUUGUGCAUUCCCUAUCAUACGUGUAUCAAAGAAGCACUACUGCAAUAUCUGUAGUUGCUCCGAUAUGCUAUGCGCACUUGGCUGCCACCCAAAUUGGACAGUUCGUGAAAUUUGAAGACAUGUCUGAGACGUCAUCAAGCCAUGGUGGGUUGACAUCUGUUGGAGCUGUCCCUGUGCCACAGCUGCCCAGAUUACAGGAGAAUGUCUGCAACUCCAUGUUCUUUUGUUGAGGCUAUGUCCUCUGAAUAUUGAAAAUCACUGUAUUUUGGACACCUGGUCUGUAUAUAGCCAAGUACUUGGUGUGGCCUCUUAAGGAAGUUGCUGGACCAGGCAGUAACGUGGAACCUUUUUGGUACCUUCUGAUGUCUAGUAGGCCUUUCAUGGCUACCUGUUGCUUCUAGUCAUUUUAGGCUGCCUGUGUUGUGGCCGGCUUUUUUAAAAUGUGAUGUCUUCUAAUCAUGCUGAUGUCUGGUUACUGAUUAUUUUGCUGUGGUCAUGGAUCUGCUUUAUGAAAGGAUUCUAGUGUGGAACUAUUUCGUAA